GUCAUAAAUUUGAUCAUAUGUAUACUAAUUUAUUAACAAGAAAUCUUAUUAAGAAUUCGAGGAGAAAUUAUACCUCUGCCACACACAUUUUAAAUCCAGGAGUAACAAGGACUCAAAGCGUCUCGGUGUGCCCAGGCGAAGGCAUUGGACCUCAGAUCACUGAUUCUGUGCUGACCAUUUUUGAUUCCCUUAACAUUCCUCUGAAGGUGAAGAUGAUUGAAUACAGUUCAUUAAAAAGAGGCAUGGCUAACGGCUCUUUAAGGGAGAAUAAGAAUCUUCUUCUCGGGCCAAUCUCUAACAAAAUGUUUGAUGAAAAGUAUAAAGGGAUCUGCCACCAGCAGGUUUUGAAGGAGCUGGGAAUUUUCGCCUCUGUUUUGAACAUAAUCUCCAUCCCUGGUGUUGACACUGGAGGUAAAGAUAUUGACAUUUUGAUCAUUAAACAAACUUGAGAUGGUUUUAGUAUCGAGAAUAAACAAAGUAAGAAGAUGAAGUUCAAGCAGAUAGCUCAGUACGCUCGCAACAAUGCUAUAAUGAGCCACAGGAGUAAGAUCCAUGCCUUUCAUAAUGCCAACAUGGACCACCCACAUCAUGAAGAGUUUCUAAUUGAGAUGAGAAAGAUGGCGGAAAAUGAUGAAAUUCUAUAUGAAGAGUCUUAUCUCGCAGAUGGAGCAGUCAAGCUGAUGAAGAAUAUUGAAGAUUUCGAACUUAUUGUUACUCCUAGCAACUGUGGAUUAGGCACAGCUAGCAUUGCGAUGAGCAUGGUAGGAGGACAUCAACUUGUUCCUUCUGUCCAUAUCGGUGACGAAUAUUCUAUUUUUGAGCAAGGAGGAAACAAACCAGAAGAAGAAAAAAUUGAUGAAAAAUCUGCAAAUCCAACUGGAAUAAUUCUUUCCUCAACUAUGAUGCUUAGGCAAGCAAAUCUUCCAUGCUAUUCAGACUUGAUAGAGAGAGCUAUUUUCAAGACGUAUGAAGACCCAGAGGUGAGGACUCCAGAUUUGGGUGGAAACUACUCUACACAAGAAUUCACCAAUAAAGUCAUAAGCAACCUUGAAAUCAAGCAAGAUUCAGUAUCAUCUUCGGUUAAGGAAGGAAGCCUAGCUGUUGAGUUUUAAUCAGAAGAUCACCAUUAAUGCUAUAUAACGUUCUCUCAUGCAAAACCAACC